AUUUGCAAACGCAGCUGUUGCCAAUUUUUGUAGCUUAGCUUUAGUUAAAUUUCACGGCUGGCUAGCUGUCUAAAAGCGAUUAAAUUAUGCCACUGUAUGAGAGCGUAAUGCAAGAAAAGCCACCAAUUGUCCUGGAUAUUGGUACUGCCUACACCAAGCUAGGCUUUGCGGCGGAGGCCUAUCCACGUAAGAUUAUACCCACAACAGUGGUGCUGACCACAACGGGCGUGACAAAGCGACUCUUUGACUAUGUGGGCACCGAGCAGCUGUACGAUCAAAUUGUGGACUUUCUGCAAACCAUAUUCUUCAAGCAUCUGCUGGUCAGUCCCAAGGAGCGCAAAUUUGUGAUUGUCGAGAACAUAUUCGGGCAGACGAUUAUACGGGAGACGCUGGCGCGUGCGCUCUUCAUUCACUUCGAUGUCUCCUCGGUGCUGUUUGUGCCCGCCCAUCUGAUCGCGCUCUCAACGCUGGCGGUGCCCACGGGCCUGGUUGUGGACAUUGGCUACAGUGAGACAACCAUAAUGCCCGUGUUCAGUGGUGUGCAGAUUCUGUCCGCGUUCAAGGAUCAUAGCUACGGCAGCAGCGCUGUGCAUGAUGAGAUCCGGCGUCAAUUGGUGGCGACAGGCGUCAAGGAGCCGCUGCUAACGUCCAGUGUGCUGGAGGACAUCAAGAUACGCACCUGCUUUGUCAACAGCUAUGAGCGUGCCCAGGCGCGGGCCAGCAGCGACCAGACGCAGCCGCCUCCGCCGCCGCCCAGCGUUGACUAUGCGAUAUGUGAUGGCGAUGCGGUGAUUAGCAUACCCGGCACCGUUCGGGAAUCGGUUUACGAGCUGAUGUUCGAGCAGAACAAUGAACGCGAUAGCCUGCCGCAUCUGAUACUGCGCGCCAUACUCGACUGCAGCAUGGAUGUGCGCCGUGCGCUGAUCGAAAGCAUAUUUGUGAUUGGCGGCGGUGCCAUGGUGUUGGGCCUCCUGCCGCGCCUCAAACAGGAGCUGCAACAGCUGCUGGCCAACGAUAGCUACUACCGAGAGCGUUUUCACGGCGAACUGCAGUUCAAGUUCUACAAUUCAAUUGGCAAGCAAAACUUUACAGCCUGGCUGGGCGGCGCACUGUGCGGCGCCACGGAUCUGAUACAGACGCGUUCGCUGUCCAAGGAGUCGUAUCUGCGGAACGAGCAUGUGCCCGACUGGAGUAAUCUGUGCGAUAAUCGGCAUGGCGGCUAAUCAAUAUCUAUCUAUCAUAUAUAUACAAUAUAUACACACACGCAGAUUUUAUUUCAAAAUUGCAUUCAUGUAUUAUAUAUAGACUCUUUAUAUGCUAUUCAAUUGUCAUAGGCUAAAAGUGAACUUCGAGUAGGAAAAACUUGCAUACGAGUAUAAAAAAAUGUAUCAUAUUGCGCUUAAAGCUACAAAUUUUCUUAUGAGUUUAUUGUGCAUUGAGAAACUCCAGAUAUAUCUUCUCUUCGGAAUAACUGGCAAAUGAUGCAAAAGGCUCGUUUGAAUCGUGUUUAGGAAAUGCGAUUUUUUUAAACAAUUGCUUUUUAAUAAUAUACUUUAGUUAAACACGUUUUAAGCAGCUGCUAAUUAUUUAUUUUAACCCGUUUUUCAGAGAUAUCCCCAAAUAUGGGAUCCUCUCGAAUAAAUGUCUGUACUUUACGGCACUUUGUGUUUUUUAA